CGAUUCCUUAUAUCAGAUGUUUUAAUGUCAAUGAUACGUUAAAGGGACGACCAUGUAUUUAUUCAUUUUGUUUUACUUUAUCUUUUUUGGGGGAGGAGGAUUUUACGCUGUGGGAAUAUUAAUGUUCACCUGUUGCUAUUUUCACUUUUGUACACGAUUAUUUCCUGUACUUUAUAGUGCAUAAUAUCCAUUUACAUCCUGUUCUUACAAGGCCACCAUAUUUAUUUAUAAUUCAGCCUGCCCCCAGAAAACCAAACGGUUGUCCCCUAAGACAUGUCGCGGGUCAUUUGGUUAUUGACUCGCCAAGGUAAACGGUAUCUGGACAGCUCCAUUUCUCACUAAUUAAAAUAAUAACCCCUUUUCGUGUUUUAUCUAUUAUUUCAGAUAUACUAAUUAUUUCGUCAAGAUAAAUAGAAAGCUUGAACAUUACGAAAUGUGAAAUGUGUAGUCUAUUUUUAUCCUUACCUGAAGUAUUAUGAAAUACACAAGAUCAGGUUAAAAUGGAGGAAUUACCAGAUGAUAUCAUAGUUGAAAUAUUUUCUUUUCUGCCACACAAACUUUUAUUGUUAAAUAUGAGACGAGUUUGUAGACGUUGGUAUUCCUUGUCCCAUUCUGCUGACUUAUGGCAGACGGUGGACCUAACUCUAGAUUUUAACCAGACGGAAAAACAGGCAAUGGUUUCUAACUUGAAGAGGGUACAAGAUCAUGUUAAAAUUUUGAAGGUUGAUCCACGUUUAUUACAGACAAUUUUUAAAAACGACAUUUGGCAGUUUCUUACUCUGAAGAUACUCCAUUUGAAUUCUUUAUGCAGAACAACAGUAUCAGUAUUAGGGGAACCAAACUUGCGUUAUCCACGGUUAGAAAAGGUGUACUUUUCGUCUUCUUUAGACAACAAACUCGUUCUGUCAGCAUUUUCUGGAUUGAAAUUGGACACAUUUGAAUGGAAGUACAACGGACCUUUCCAGCAAUUCCGCGAAUCAAUUUUGGCAUUGGGAAAAAUGGAUAACCUGCAAAAAGUGAGGUUGCACGUCAACGACCUUGACAACGAGCUGCUUAGUUACCUGUUGAAAAACUGUCAUACCUUACAUUCGCUUGAGCUUUAUUUCUUUAAUGUAAAUGUUAAAAUUGAUAAUGAUGCAUUCCUAUCCCUUACAGACAAUUGUUCUUUAACAGAACUUGGACUACCAACGACUUCUAUAACAGAUGAAUCACUCUAUCAUAUAUCACAGACUUGUCCAUUUCUAAAACUAAUUAAUAUCAGUAAUUGCUUUAAUAUCACUGAUGUCGGAAUAAGACAUUUAGCAAUGAACUGCAUUCAUUUAGAAAACUUGUAUAUUGGCAAUAUACCCAACUUAACAAAUUGCACAGUGCAGCUCGUUUCUAACAAAUUUAAAUGUUUAAAAGUUCUAGAUAUGAAGCAAUGUAUGGGCAUGGAAAACAUUGGAAUCGCUAAUGUUUUUAAAAAGUGUUCAAUGCUUAUCAAACUUGAUGUUUCAUUUUGCCCGAAAGUAAAUUCCCAUCUAUUGUUACCCGACAAAAUCUGGACGCCGAACGUGCCUUUAAAGUUGAGGGAAAUUAACUUGAGUGGAAACAAUAAUAUAACAAGCGAAGUAGCUUUUCGUAUCAUAAAGUUAUGCAGUUGUCUGCAAUCUGUUGCACUGGCUUCUUGUCCAUCUAUCCAAAGCAUCGAUAUAACAAGCAACAAACAAGGGAUGUCAACUGCAAGAUCAGAUGGCAAAUGUGUACAAAAACCUCAGAGGACUUACCACUCUCAUAUGAAAUCAGUAAAUUUCAUUAACUCAUUCAAUGUUGAGGAUUCAGUUGUUAUUUCAAUGUCAUACAUAUGUCCAGAUAUAAGGAAUUUGAGACUGACUGGUUGUAAGAAACUUACAAAGAAUGUUCUUGAUGUUGUAUUCAGAAACUGUCCAUUUAUUGAUUUAUUAGAAAUAGCUAGUUGCAUAUUUAGUAGAAAAGGAUAUAUAAAUACUGUAACAAUAUAAAACAAUAUGUUUUUUUUUAAGAAUUGUGUACAAGGACAGAAAAGAAAAUUACAACUAUUAUACAAUUAUUGUCUUUUGAUGAGUUAAAUACGUGGUUUUAUUAACUUUGAAGACAUUAUAUUCACUGAGGCCAACAACCGAAGUGAAUAUUAAUUUUUCAAAAGUCAAUUAAACCACAUAUUUACCGAAACAAAAGGCAGUUAUUCUUUUAUUCCUUAUUCCGAUAGAAACAAUGAAUUUAAUGACAACUAUUUACUAAAACCAACUGUACACCAAACAUUUUAUCAUAAUUAUAUACAUGUAAAAGCACGUGGCAUUUACCGCGGUAAAUAUCACUUUUAUUCAGGUGAAUAUGCUAUUUUAUCUAAAAUCCAAUCCAUAUAGAAAAACCUACUAAAAUUAUACCAAUAUUAAGUAAAUGUAAAUAAAUAAAAAGCUAGUUAACUUAUACAUAAAUACCCUGCCACGUCCGAUCUGUGUUUUUGUUCCUUGUUUUUCUGCUUUGAGUCGAACUGUGAUGUUCUUUUUAACAUGAUUUUCAUAGGUUGUUCAUAUGUUGUGCUGUUACACCACUGUCCCAUGCUAGGGGAGGGUUGGGCGCCUGCAAACAUGUUUAACCUCGCCACAUUCUGUAUGUGCAUUUCCCAAAGCAGGAGCUUGUAAUUCAGUCGUUGUCUUUUGUUGAUGUAUAUCAUAUUUGCUUUUAUUUCAUUGUUUUGUACAUAAAUCAGACCGUUAGUUUUCUCGUUGGAAUGGUUUUACAUUUGUCCUUUCGUGGCCUUUUAUAGCGGACUAUGCGGUAUGGACUUUUGUUCAUUAUUGAAGGCCGUACGGUGACCUAUAGUUGUCAACUUGUAUGUCUUUUUGUCUCUGGUGGAGAGUUUUCUCAUUGGCAAUCAUACUACAUCUUCUUAUUUUUAUAUUAUACAGUAUUUACCAUAUACAUCAUUGACAUAUUAAUAAGAUCAUCUUUAAUAAAUUCCUUAUUUUAGCAUAAUUUAACAGAACAUACUUGAUCUUCAAUCCAAUGGAAUGAACGUAUAUUGAAUGAAUCAUAUUCGAUUAACUUAUGUUGAUGUGGAGUGGUAAACCAUGUGAUCCUAAUACUGUACAAUACAAUAUUUGUGGAGUACGUCUUUUUUUCAAGUAUCAGUAUUAAGUUGAUAGGCAAAUGGUUUUAACUGUUAAACAAGUUUGUUGUUAAUAUUUGACCAUUAUUUACAAUAUUUCAAUUUGUUACGAAAUUGGUUUUUCUGUCGACUUUUCUUACAACAUUGCAAUAUUAUAUCCAUUAUUUUUCAGUAGUGUCAACCAUUCUUGAUUACUGGUCGUUUAGUCUAAAUAAGAAACUACAUGUAGUAGUAUGAAUAUUACAAAAUACAGAAAACAAUAGUAGUUGUCUAAUUUCCCACCUCCCCCCCCCCCCCCCCCCCAUUAACUGGAAAAUACUAGAAACGUAUGCAGUACUGUUGGACUGAGUUGUAAUAAACAAUAUAUACUACUACUGCUACUGGUAUAUACUUGUUCAUAUCACAAGUUUAUCAACCAUGUCCUCUUUAUGAGAUAUAUUUGAUUUUGAAAGUAUUACCUGUUAUACAAUAUUUCUGAAUGUUAUUAUACUGAUUAAAAUUAUGAUUAGAAAACAUGUAUUUACACAUUAUUUAUAAAAGAAUUUAGUAAACUCUCAUUGAUUUAUAUGGUUUUGUCGGAUAUUGUAUAUUUACAUUUUGUUUUUUAAUUUAAACAUUUAAUUUUUUUAUUUUUAUGGACAAAUCAACAAGUAUAAUGCAAUAAAUACGCUCCUUAACACAAUGGGCGAUUCUUUUUUAACCUAUUCGAUGGUAAAAUUAUACCUAGGGUAUGAACUAAAAUACUGGCCUUUUGUUUGAAAGGUUUAAUGAAAAUGCAAUAAGUGUAAAUAAGUAAUUGUUGAUAGAAUACUGUUUAUAACUUUGUUUGCAUAGCAUCACUUUCUAUUAGUUAUAAUAAUGGAAUUUCAGUUGAGAUCUGUAGUAUUACCAUGUGGAGAUUCAGCAUCAGAAUUGGUAGAAAAUCCGGAAUUAAUUGAUAUGACAGAUAUAGUUUUCAUGCUCAUAGCUCAUUUCGCCAAGUUAUUCAACAAGUACAAUAAAAAAGUGAUCUACGUAGCCAGAAUAUGGAUUGGCUAUAUAGUAGAUGGAAUUGAAAUAGUUGCUAUAAGCAUUGACCAAGGAGGAAUAAAUUUUGAAAGUUGGUUCGCAAAUUUUCUUUUCGGAGCAUACUUAUUAGCUUUAGUGGUGUUCGUAAUUUACAUUACAUUUAUUGAAUGUUGUUCAAAGUCUUCAUUAUCAAGGCAUUGGAUGAAGAUAUUUAUCAUUUUUAAGCUUUCGUCGUUUGUGAAUGCUCUUUUUAUCUUCAUCUAUCCUAUCGUGAUUUCAGACAGCCAUUAUCCGUUUUGGGAAAUAAUUGUGAUGAUUAUCGCCGCAUUGGACAUGUUGUCGAUCUUUAUAAUAUUGAUGCUUACGAUUUUUGUAAUGUGUAAAUGUGUUCGUCUCAAUAAAGUGGCACCAAAACAAACGAACCGGAAUACACCAAAACCAACCAACAAAAGCAAAAAUGCUACUGUUGUUAAAGGAAAAAAGAAAUAAAUUAAAUAUCAACAAACUUGUGAUGACAGUGGAUUAACAAAAUUUGAUACAAGAAUGGUAGAUUUUUCCAUCGCCAGGCCAUUUUUAUAAACAACUAUCAUCUUUUUGACAAAUCGGCUAUUUAAUUAUAUCUUUUUGAGUGGUUUCAUCUAAACAAGAAACACUGAUAAACACUUCCAAUAACAUUUAAGUAGAAAAUAAAUCGUCCCUCUCCUUGGAUCGAAAAUGACCGCAACUAAUUGGUGCAGGAUUUUACAAAGAUUAGAAAAUUUUAAGCGGAAGUACAAUUUAUAUGCAGGAUUUGUCAUUGAAAUAAAAUAAUUCGUAAAAUUUUAUCUUCUGGUAUUGUUUAUUUUUCUAAAAAUAAAGAUCUUUUGAUUGAUUCAAAACAUGUUCUUAAAUUUCUCCGUAAGGGGAGAUAUCUCAGAAAAUUUGUUUUUAUUAAAGAAUGUUCAGUAUUUGAUACAAUAAAGGUAGUUUUUUUAUA